AUGUCGUCGUUUACACCCCUCGCCGCCGAAGCCGCCGACAAGAUCGCCUCCUACGCCAUCCUCGACGAUGCCAAGCACUUGACCGUCGAAAUCGGCCAGGCAGAACACCGCAUCAGGCUGGUCAACUCGUGGAAAAUACCACAGGGUAGUAAAGUUCUCGAAAUCGGCUGCGGACAGGGCACUUGCACCGCUGUCCUCGCCGAGGCCGUCGGCCCCGAGGGCCAUGUUGAUGCCGUCGAUCCUGGCCCUCCAGACUACGGUGCGCCCUUCACGCUCGCCCAGGCACAGGCCCACCUGUCUGCUGGUCCUGUAGGGGACCGAAUCACCUGGUACAAUGCAGAACCCAUCAAGUUCCUCUCUGACAACCCCGGCAAGAGGUGGGAUUUCGUCGUCUUGGCCCACUGCGUCUGGUACUUUGACGGGCCGGACACGCUGGGCGAGAUGCUCGCGGCGCUCAAGGAUUGUGCCGCCAAGCUCCUCGUGGCAGAGUACGCGCUUACGGCCAGGGAGAGGGCCGCCGUGCCUCAUGUCAUGGCUGCUAUUGCGCGUGCUACGCUCGAGGCACACAACAAGGGGAGCGAGGCCAACAUCCGCUGCCUGCUGGGCCCGCUGAACAUCAAGGACGCCGCCGCCAAGGGUGGUUGGGCUCUGGACGAGGAAGAGGUCCAUGUCCCGGGCGUGGCGCUCUUGGAUGGAUCGUGGGAGAUCGGGAUGGUGAAGAGCAAGCGGUUCCUGGAGGAGAUUGACAAGUACAUCAUGGAUGUGACGCUGAAGACUGCGCUCCUGUCGGCAAGGGAGGCUGUGAUUGGCGCUGUUGGACUGCUGAAUGGUGAAAAGGUUAGAACCAUGGAUGUCUGGGUCUCUCGAUUUGUUUAA